AUGCCACUUGUUGCCAGAGAAAUGGAUGCUUGGCUGAGUGGUUCUCCUGAUCGUGUGGCAGUUUUGCAUUGCAAGGCCGGGAAAGGACGCUCAGGCACUAUGGCCUGUACCUAUCUUCUCUCCCUCGGCGAUGUACCGCAGCCUCCUCAAUUGGAGCGUAAUCAGACUUCGAAAGAGCGGGCCAAGCGACGCAUUGAAGAUGCUCUCGAUGUCCUCCCACCUGAUGAGGAAAACCAGCCACCGGUGGCCUCAAGACCAACGUCUCCUCCGUUCGUAACACCCGCUAUUGGAAUCUCCGACACAGCUGGAAUAUUCGAUGCAGAGUCAGGUGGACGGCCUUCCAUACCUACCGCUGGAGCGGAAAAAUCGUUUACGGACUCUUUGAAAGGCGUACUUGAUUUGCACACUGCUCGCCGCAUGAAGCCUCCUUCUGAGCAAGAUGGAAAGGCAAAGCAAGGUGUCAGCAUACCCAGUCAACGACGGUUUUUGUAUUAUUGGGCGCUCAUUCUUGCUCAUGAGGCUCCAAGUCACCUCUGGGGACUCGGCAGCCUCAAAUCGACGAAUAUCAAUCUUCAGUCAUCAUGCCUCGACAAAAAUGCGAUCCAGCGGCCAAAAGUACUACUUACGCAGCUCAACAUUCGGAUGCGGGAGACUUCUAACAUGAAAAUGAAUUUCGUCAAAGCGGCAAAUAUGGUUAUCGAAAGAACCAACAUGGCUAAGGCUCCCGAGAACACGUCUACGCAACUUUGGGCGUCGAUGGCCCGUUACGAUGAUAAGAUGGUCAAUCUACUUGAGGAAUGGGAGGCUUACACACGCGAUUCGAGUGGAAAUAUGGGCAAACGGAGGCCUGGGUCGGACCAUCUACCACGCGGGGAGUCCACUGAGGAUGAAGUGUUAAGUCAUAUAUUUAAAACCGGAAAAUGGGACAAAGGAAAGAUGGUGCGGAGUUUUGCUCGUCUUGGGGUGACAGAUUCCAAGAAAAAUGAAGGUUCGGUCGUCAUUGAUGAGAAGCAUGGGAAGAUUCGUGUCUAUGCCUUGCGCCCUCUGUCAGACAAGAGAUGGGAGGGCUUGAAGCAUGAUUUACACAAACACUCGGCCCAAAAUAACGAUGAACAUCAGACGAUAGAGGCCAACGCAACGACUCUCGGAGUAUCUCGUUCAGAAGCUAAUUCGAUUAAUGAGGUAGUACCCAAGGAUGCAAAAGUAGAUCACAAGAUUGAAAAUGGCAUCAUUUUGGACGCUGCACGCGAAGUUAGAAUCAAGCUUUAUAUGGGCCAGGUUUUCAUGGGGUGGUUCUGGUUCAUACCAACAUUUCACAUGUCCCAGCCUCCACCAUCUUCUACCAGUACAGAAAAGGUAGAUCCAACAAUACUCAAAGCCAACAUGACUCUCAGUCGCAAAGAUAUUGACUUUCCGCUGGGUGUUGGAAGCGCCAUUAUUGACAUUGACAUUCAAAUGGAAUGGGCUAUGCCUUCCCCACCUUCCCCCUCAGCCGUUGACAUUUCAAAUCUCGAACCACCGUUGCGUACACGCACAGAGGAUUCGAAAAUAGGUACGGACCCUGAGCCUGAGCAGAGUGGGCUGGCGGCUGCCUUGCAGGCCAUUGUAGGUAGUGAUGGGAUGGAAGGGAUGGGGAAUGUUGGCGUUCGAGAGACUGUCGAGGCAAAACAAGGUGCAGACGAGUAG